UAGAAGGCAGAGAAAAGCUACAGCUGCAGCAUUCUGAGCACCAAUACUGACAGAUCUAAAUACUGAUUGGAAAAGAUUUCAAAAUGAAGAUUGCCAUUAUUGGAGCAGGAAGUAGCGGCCUGACUUCUAUCAAAUGCUGUCUAGAUGAAGGUUUGGAGCCCACCUGCUUUGAAAGAAGUGAUGAUAUUGGUGGGGUCUGGAGGUUCGCACAUGAGGUGGAAAGUGGCAGAGCCAGUAUCUAUGAGUCUGUGGUCAGUAACACCAGUAAAGAAUUGAUGUGCUUCAGUGACUUCCCUUAUCCAGAGAACUUUCCCAAUUACCUUCACAACUCUAAGAUGCUGGAGUAUUACAGGAUGUAUGCAAAUCAUUUUGGUCUUCUGAAAUAUAUCCAGUUCAAGACACUGGUCAUCAGUGUUCGGAAAUGUUCUGAUUUUGCCAGCACUGGACAAUGGAGUGUCACGACAGAAAAGGAAGGCCAGCAGGAAACUGCCGUCUUUGAUGCUGUUAUGAUUUGCUCUGGGCAUCAUUCUGAGCCACAUUUUCCACUGGAUAGUUAUCCAGGUAUAAAACAGUUUAAAGGCCAAUAUUUCCACAGUCGAGAAUAUAAAACCUCUACUGGAUAUCAAGGGAAACGUGUUGUGAUAAUAGGGAUGGGCAAUUCAGCAACUGAUAUCGGAGUGGAGCUCAGCCGGACUGCAGCUCAAGUAUUUCUCAGCACAAAAAGAGGAUCAUGGGUAAUAAGGCGUGUGUCUGAUAAUGGUUACCCUUCAGAUGUCUUGGCAAAUAGGCGCUUUCAUAACUGGAUGAGGAACAUUCUGCCUUCAGAUCUUGUCAUGUGGAACACAGAGAAAAAAUUUAAUCAGUGGUUUGACCAUGUUAACUAUGGCCUGCAGCCAACUGACAGGAGCCAAUUUAAAGAGCCAUUAUUCAAUGAUGACUUGCCAAGCCGUAUUACUUGUGGAUCCUUGCUUGUGAAGACAUCGGUGAGAGAAAUAACUGAAACAGCAGUGCAGUUUGAUGAUGGGACUGUAGAAGAAAAUAUCGAUGUUAUCAUCUUUGCCACGGGAUAUAAUUAUUGCUUUCCAUUUCUGGAUGAAUCUGUUAUAAAAAUAGACAGUAGCAGAACAUAUUUAUACAAAAAUAUCAUCCCUCCAAACUUAGAGAAGGCUACGCUUGGCAUACUUGGACUUAUUCAGCCUCUUGGACCUAUUAUGCCAACUACAGAACUGCAGGCACGAUGGAUAAGCAGAAUUUUCAAAGGGUUGUGCAGGUUCCCUCCGAUAAAUGAGGUGAUGGAUGAACUUGAAAAGGACAGAAAAAUCUUCAUCAAAAGAUAUGGUACAACAAGAGAGAAUCGUUUGCAAGUGGAUUUCAUUGAAUACCUGGACAGCUUGGCUUCUGAUAUUGGUGUCAAGCCCAAUAUUUUGCGUCUGUUUCUAACUGAUCCAUUGCUAGCUCUGGCUGUCUGUUUUGGACCAUGCACACCAGCUCAAUUUCGUUUGCAAGGCCCAGGAAAAUGGCCACAGGCCAGAAAGCAAAUCAUGACCACAUGGGAUCGUAUUAUAAAGUCAUCAAAGACACGAACUGUGAAAAGCCAAGGGCCAAGAUUUGUGACCGCUGCUCUUCUGUUGGCCAUUCUUUGCCUUGUAGUUCUGCUGUUGUCUAUUUUCAUUAACUAAAAAUAAUUCAAAUAAGGUAUAGAGUAUUCCAUACAUAUAUAUAUGGAAUCAUUUAUUUGUUAUUGUAAAAUCUGACGACAUGCACAAUUUCGACAAAUAUUAUUGUAAGGCACACGAUAUUAUUCUGAAGUAGUUUGAACCAGAGAGGCAAAUGCACAGAUCAGUGUUGGUAAAAUAUACACAGAUACUUCAUAUAAUCUGGACAUAAUUACACAUUCCUAUAGAUUUAUAUAUAUAUAACUAGACGAAAAAAACGCACCAAACAGGGCUUAGUAUAAAGUCCAAAUAUCAAACUUUAUUUUCAACGUUUCGGCUCCAUAGCUUGAGCCGUCUUCCUGUAUAUACAGGGGCGGAACUACCGGGGGAGCAGGGGGUACACCCCCUCAGGGCCCCCCGGCAGUCCGCGCGCCGCGCAUAUCCCGGGCCAGUUCCGGGUUUACGGAGGGGGGCGGGGGGCCCAGCUGCGUGUCCUGCGCCAGGGCCUGCCCCCCUCUAGUUCCGUCUCUGUGUAUAUAUAACCGUAAACUGCAAUUACAUUCCAUUUUAGUAACUACUAUAAUUAAUAAGCUAGUUCAGGGGACUACUAAUGUAUACAUUAAGAAAAACAUUUGAUUUUUGCAAAAUAUAUUCAUUUGGUCUAUUAUUGCUCUUAGUUCGACACUGAAUUGUUAUUUUGCAAUGUUUGAUUAUAAAACCGUUGUUUAAUUAAGGACCACCAUAAAAUUAUGUUUACGCUAUUGCAGUAAGAAACCUCCAUGAGCUAUGAACUGGACAGCUUUUUUUCAAACGAUAGUAAUAAUUAGGAAGGAAUCAAUUACUAAUUCAUGUUUUCUCUGUAGAGAUGUAUAAGCAAUGGGGAUCAAUCACAAGCCGGAAGUUAUCAAAUUUACAUUAUUUAUCUCCAUGUAAGAGAACCAACCUUACAAUUAAAAAGAGAAGGGAAAGUUCCAAGCCAAGGGGAGUGUUUUAAUUGUGGUUCUAUGAGUCUCUCGGAAUUAAUUCAAACACACCAGCUACGUAUAAGCAAAGGUUUAUUACAUACAUAGAAUGAAGAAGAUAUCCAUUAGUAUAUGAGCAAAGCACCUUCAAUCUGCAACCAAGACUGGGAGAUCCUGGAACAGUCAGCAGAUAGAAUCCCUCAAACGGAGCACGGAAGGUCCUGUGGUGGCACGAGUCAACUCCACAAGUGAGAUCUCAACUGACCGAAUGGAGACCCCCAGUUUAUAUAGGCUUAGCAAAACAUGAGCUCAUAUAGUAAUUUAGUAAGAAGAUACAAUGAUUUGGUUAAUAACAGAUCUUGCUUCCCAUGCGUUUAUCAGGAUCUGGCCAGACUCCCAAAAAGCACAUCCGAAGCAGAGAUCUUAUCUUAGCUAGCUGGUAGCUGAAUAGCAUAUUGUGCCCCUAUCUAUAGUAAAGAAGAGUCUGAUAAGGGAUUCAGAAAUCAUAAGCAUAUUAGAUAAUACAUAUAAGAAUAUCCAGAAUAAAACUGAGUUGUUAGUUCCCAUGAAUUCUCUUGCACAAAGCUUCAUUAUACAGAAUUAUAGAUAAUAAUGAUGUAUACUAUGAUAUAAAGCUUUGUUAUACACAAUUAAACAUCA